AUGCAACCCUUCAAAGCUUUCCUUUUUACCUUCCUUCUUGGGGCUUGGGAAUAUUCCAAAAAGGGAACCCUCCACUAUAACGAACCCAAUAAUGAUGCGCAGAAGCAGUACAACAUAAGGGCCGGAAGAAGGUUGUAUGAAUAUGGCCAACUCCACAAGGAUACUGAAGGUAGUAUUACUUCCCUAACGAGCACUGACAGCAUCUUUAGCGGCAUUAACGAUGAAAAUGCUGGUAGCGUCCAAGGAGCCUUCGGUAAUGACUUUGAAAGGUCGGUAGGUACUACCCACAUGGAUGAUUUGAAAAGUGCAACAACUUCCACAAUUAGCAGCUCUAAUCUGGACGCGAACAGAGAAAGGAAAAGUCAUAGUGACAGUGAGACCAUGCCAAACAAUCCAUCCAUCACAGAGGAGCCCGUCCUAGUGGACAUUCGUGACAAUAACACCGUUAGUAGACACAACUCAGCUUCCAGUGCAAUGACCGCUGGCACACAUGUGAGUAAUGGCUCCAGGAGUACCAUGGGCAGUUACAUGGAUAGUACCAUGGGCAGUUACAUGGAUAGUACCAUGGGAAGUUACAUGGAUAGUACCAUGGGCAGUUACUUGGGUAGUACCAUGGGCAGUUACAUGGAUAGUACCAUGGGCAGUUACUUGGGUAGUACCAUGAGCAACAAUUCUGCCAAUAGGCAAAGUGGUGAAAGCUUUGACACCUCAUAUGAAGAUUUAGAAUCCGUAAGAGAGGAGGGAAGGGAAGGAUGGAAGCAGGCCAAGGAAAAGGCACAAGGGAAAGAGAUUUUAGAUGAAUUUACUCACAAUAGGAGAAAAGGCGCAAGAGGGUUCAAAGGACACAUGAACAAAUACGACAUGCGAAAUAUGGAUAACGACAAUUAUGAUGUUGCCAGUGAAGAAACUUUACGUAAAAGAAUAAGGGAACUGAAUUCAGCAGAACAAGGAUCCUUUAAGGGCGUCAUAGAAGAUUCCAACAGAAGUAAAAAAUCUAGACGCACAGGACAACGUGAAAGAGAGUUCUCCGAUUAUUCGUUUAAUUACAAAUUCGAUAAAAGAGAUGAUGACUCAAAUUUUGGGCUUAACGAAGAUGAGAGACUCCUUAGAAGAAUACAAGAAAUGAAUGCAGAAGAUAGAGAAAACAUGAGAAAAACUUUGAAGAGAUUAAAGAAAAAUGGGAAAAAUACAAACUUGGAAGAUUUGGAAAAUGGAAAAAAAACUCAUUUAGAAGGUCUCCAGAAAUAUGUAGACCUCGACUAUGAUGAGGGCAAUUUUACUUCUUCCAAUAUUUAUGGUUCAGAAUUCGAUGACGAAGAUGACACAUCCGUAUAUGUAGGAAAACGAAAAACGGAAAAGAACAGAUCCAAGGGAAGAACCAGAAAUAGCAUGACAGAACUCAGAUCAUAUAUCGAUGAAACUAUGAAUGAGGAUAAUGCCGAAAUUGCACACUUGUUAGUGAAUAAAAUUGAGAAGUACAAAAACAAAGUCUGCGCACUGAAAAAGAGAAAUAUGAAGGAAGUCAACUUCAUAAGCAUGAAAUAUAAUCUCAAAUUGAAGAAGAUUCUCCUCAGCAUCCCGCUCAUUUCCCUCAUCACAAGUAUCAUCGUAGGUUUUGUCUUAUUUCAAUUUUUCGUCUUAACAGCUACUACUGUUUUUUUCAUUACAUUGUUUAGUUCUUUCCUUGGAACAAUUGUGUCCUAUGGAAUUAUGGGGAAAAUAAUGUUCAACUCCCCCUUCAAAGUUUUCGAUUUCAUUCUAGGGAAAAAUUCGGUAGUAAAUGCUAAUUAUAUAUCACCCCGCAGAAAAAAAAUUCAUGUUCUGAAGAGAGGGUUUUCGGGUUCAGGGUUCAGUGUUUAUAGUUGA